AUGCCGACCACCGCGCCUUGCCUUUUCGUGCCUGCGCUACUACUGCUCGUCGUCGGCUCGGUGAGUGCCGAGACGGUCACCUUCUGCAGCGGCGGAUGCAACACUGGCCGGCCACAGUCGUGCAUCCCUGGCGUCGCCCACGGCAAGGCCCAGGUCGAUACCUGCAUCACUCAGCCGGGCGAGUACCGGGGCUCCUCUACCCCGAAGGCCUUCCAAGCCUACACCGUGCUAGCCGCCAACUUGACGCAGGGCAACCGCUCGUGCCAGGUCCUCCACAUGGAGUUCUUCUACGGCGACACCUGCGACCAAAAGCAGCUGGUGGCCAACACCACCCCGUGCUAUCACGAUUGCUCGGAUCAGCCCCUGUGCUGCUGGGCCAUCUUCGCGCUGGAGGGGAGCAACUCGACCAUCGGCGCCUACUUCCCCACGCCCGCGUCACCAUCGCCCUCCCCGUCUCCCUCGCGGCGGCCUGAUAACGAUCCGGCCCUGCCCGAGUGGGCGAUCGCCAUCAUUGCCUGCAGCGCAGUGGGAGCUGGCCUGUUGAUACUGGUCGCCGCGCUCGUGGGCGUGUGCCUGUACCGCCGGCGGAACAGAGUGUCGUAUGACUACCUCCCCUCCACCAACCAUUACUGA